ACCUCUCAAAGAGUGUGGCCUUCACAGCUGGAAUGAGUACUGCCAGCGAUUCUUGGAACAGUGGAACAUUAGUAUUCGAUAAGGUGAUCAACAACGUGGGAGGAGGGUAUAACCGUCACAUCGGAAUCUUCACUGCACCAGUAGAAGGGCAUUAUGUGUUCUAUGUCAGUAUCGUGAAUAACAAUAGACACUCUUUAUAUGUAGACAUAGUGUUAAACGGAUUUCGUCAAGUCCAAGCAAUGGCCAACUCUUAUAAUAUAAACGAUCAAUAUGAGACAGGUACAAAUCUUGUAAUAUUACACCUGCAGCAGGGAGACACUGUCUGGAUACAAUAUCAUCGUGGUGCUGGUUAUUACAGCUACAAUAACGCACCAGUAACAACGUUCUCUGGAUUCCUUAUUUAA